AUGACAUCGCGAAGGUCCUUAGGAGGAGGCCGAGUCCUGGGCAGCGGCCGCUCGCUGUCGCCCGCCGUCAUUCCCCAGCGCCCGCACCAACUCACGCCUUCCGAGAGCUCCCUGUCGCUUGCAUCAAGCUCCCACACGUCCACCACCGAGACAGACGACAUCGCGUCCAGAGUCGCCCUUGAAUCCAACAAUGGGCCCGUCGGUGCCGCUGCCGCCAGCUCGCGCCUGGUCUGUCCCAUAUGCAACGACGACAUGGUCACGCUGCUACAACUCAACCGCCACCUCGACGACAACCACCAGAACCUGCAAGAAGUCGAGCAAGAUGAAGUCAAGAAUUGGUUCGAACAACAGAUGAAGAAGGCCAAGCGCUUCCAGCCCCUCGCCGUCCUCAACCAGAAACUAAAAGGCCUCGACGUCUUCGAGUCCAACGCGACCGCUCCUACCCAGCUCGCUUCAACCCUGUCAUCGAGUCCCUCCAACUCUGGCCACACUACCCCAGCCCAAGCCCCUGCUGCUCUACCAGAAGUCCGCCUAGAUCCUGAUCAUGUUGUUACAAAAGCACAUUGGCAGCGCUCCACCAGCCACGACUCCUGCUCAGACCCUUUGUGCGGCAGGCGCCUCGGAGGCACCAAUGGCAACAUCAACUGUAGACACUGCGGUAAGCUUUUCUGCGAGGAACACACCAUGUAUCAGAUGAAGCUGUCCCGCUCAGCCCAACACGAACCCGUCCGCGGUUUAUGGUGUCGCGUGUGCGAGACAUGCUACAAGAGUCGCCCAGGUUACAACGAUCACACUGGACUCAAGCGCGACCACACUCAACAGUUCGCUGCUAUCCGUAGACGCACAGUAGACAAAGCAUACCUCGAAGUGAGCCGCUUGGAGAAGCGUCUUUCAAGGCUAACCCAAUUAUUGGCCAAUCCACCUCCGCCCGAAAAUGAUCAAAGCACUAGUAGCUUUCUGUGGUCUCUCGCUGGCUCUAAGAAUCACAUUCGCACUUUGGAACAGUCGGUGGUAACAUGGGAGGAUGAUGCCCGUGUCCUACAUUGUCCAUUCUGCCAGCAACAGUUCUCUCAGUACUCUUUCCGCCGCCAUCACUGUCGAAUAUGUGGACGAGUCGUUUGCGGUGAUCCAGCCACAAAUUGCUCCUCCGAGAUUGGCUUGAAUGUCGAUGCACCAAACAAAACCGAUGGCUUGGAGAAGUCUGCCGGUCAAGUGGCUGUCGAUGUGCGCAUGUGCAAAGACUGCCAACACACAAUAUUUAGCAAAUCAGAUUUUGCCCGUCAACUUUCAAUACGACCUCCGGAUCAGCGGGCUUACGAAAACCUUGUCCAGUUCGAGCGUGGUAUACGCCUUCUUCUACCCAAGUUUCAGAAACUCCUCCAGGCUUUGCAGGAUCCCGAUAAACCUCCAACACCAACCCAACUAAACGAUGCCACUAAAGUACGCAGGCGGCUUAUGGAUGCAUUCACACAAUACGACGUUGCGGCCAGACGGAUCAGAGACUUGCCUACUGAAAGUCAGACGCAGGACCGUUUACAAAAGGCCAUCUAUGCACAGGCAACCACUUUCCUCCACUUACACAUGCUUCCCCUCAAAUCCUUACCCAAAUUACUCCAGCACGCAACCCCACACGGCAAACCGCAAGCCAAGUCCUCGGCGAAUCCUUUGGCUGCCAUCAGGGACGAUCAGACCAGGCCCCAGGGCAGUCGAGCGAGUAGCUCGUCAUCCGCUCAGGUCACAGCUCUGGAAGCCGAGGAGAAAGAGCUUCGAGAGCGAAUGAUCGUCCUGGAAGAGCAAAAGUUCUUUGUCGAGGGCAUGAUUGCUGAUGCCAACAAACGGAGGAGGUUUGAUGAAGUGGCUAGUCUGGCUGGCAAUGUCGAGGAUUUGACGAGAGAGAUUGAUCAGCUGCAAGGUCGGAUUGCAGGUAUGGACUUUGCUGGUGCAUAUGCGGUUGGGCAAGAUAUCUGA